AUGGAAGUUGCGGUCGGCACUGCGGCCGGUAAGAUCGCGCCUAAGCUCUUCGAUUUCUUAGAAACAAAUCGCAAGCUGCGUCGGGAGCUGGAGCAUGACAUCGAGUACAUCAAAAGGGAGUUUGUGAUGCUUUCUGCUGUCAUUGAGGAAGAUGGUGAUCAUCCCCCGUGGAGUGGCAACCAGGUGCAUAAGGUCUGGAUACAGAUGGUGCGUGACUUGUCGCAUGCCAUUGAGGACUGCAUCGACCACUUCAUACACCGCGUCACACUCCAUCCUAGUGCGUCCUGGAUCCAUCGGCGGUUCCACCGGGUGAAGACGGUGAGAGCCCGUAACAAGUUUGCCGCAGCCAUCCGCCGUCUCAGGAAGAGAUCAGAAGAUGCAUCCAAGAUGAGAACAAGCUACACCACCAACAAUGAUGGUGUCAAAUCCAAUAUUAAUACCCUGGGGUCUGAUGAGCAGGAGAUGGAUAUGGGCACCUCUGUGGGUAUGGACGAGCCCCUGGAUGAGCUUAUGGAGCUCAUAAGGGAAGGCCAACAACCCAAGGAGGAGCACAAGCUUAAGGUGAUAUCUGUUGUCGGAUUCGGUGGUAUAGGGAAGACUCGCCUUGCCAGGCAAGCCUACAAUGAUACAAUUGAGAAAACCCAAUACGAAGCAUGGGCUUGGGUUCAUGCUGCUGACAAAGGCGCAGAGGAUGUUCUCAAGGAGAUACUCCGGAAACUUGGCGCCAUCAUUAGUGGUGGAGGUCUCAGCAAGCUCCGCAGAAGCCUCAAACAGUGCCUUGGGAACAAGAGGUUCUUCAUUGUAAUCGAUGACAUGCGCAAGGUAUUGUGGCAUGACGUCAAAGAGGCCUUCCCUGUAGUUGAAGGGGUGAGCAGCAGAGUUGUGGUGACGACAACCAUUCAGUCUGUGGCAAAUGCAUGCAGCUCUGCUCAUGGUCAUGCAUACGUGAUGAGAACUCUUGCCGAGGAACAUUCAAGACAAUUGUUCUUCCAAAAAGCAUCCCUGAAAGAAGAUUCACCACAACCUAAUGAUCAUACGCAGCUCGGUACUUCAGAAGCACUAAUGAAAUGUGAUGGCCUACCACUAGCUCUUGUUACGACUGCUCAAUUCUUGCAAAGUAGAGGUGACCCAAGAAAGUGGGCAAAUCUGUGUGAAAACCUCGGUGGACAUUUGGAGACAGAGGAUACCUUAGCAAGUAUGAAUCGUGUGCUCAUCCGCAGCUAUGGUAGCCUUGGUAGCCAAGAUGUCAAGACCUUCUUGCUAUAUCUGGGUAUUUACCCAACUGGCCAUCCAAUCCGGAGAGGAAUCCUGAUACGGAGAUGGUUAGCUGAAGGGUUCAUCAAUCAAGACCAUAGACGCAGUGCUCUCUGUGUCGCUGUUGAAAUUUUUGAUAAGUUGGUUGACCGGAGUAUCAUUCAGCCUAUCGAUGCCAGCAGUAGCAACAACAACAGCGUAGAGGUGAAGAAAUGUCAAACUCAUGGCAUGAUGCUCGAGUUCAUCCUGCACAAGUCCACGUGUGAGAACUUUGUCACCUUGUUAUGUGAUAAGGAUCCCCAACCCAGGAGUAAUAUUCGUUGGCUUUCUCUGCAACAUAAAACUGCUGCAAAGGCCAAAAUGAACCCAAAGGAUCUACGUCUUGUCCGGUCUCUGACAAUCUUUGGUAAGGCGCACAGUUCUAUGUUGGACUUCUCCAAGUAUAAGCUGAUGCGAGUUUUGGAUCUUGAAGAAUGCAAAGAUAAGAUGGGGGAUAGACAUCUCAAGGAUAUAUGCAACAACUUGUUGUUGAUCAGGUACCUAAGCCUAGGGGGUGCUAUUACAGUCACAAUGCUUCCAAAGGAGAUCAAGAAGCUCAAAUUGUUGGAGACACUGGAUGUAAGAAGAACUAAUAUAGAGAUUCUGCCCACAGAAGUCAUGAAGCUGCCAUGUUUAGUUCAUCUUUUUGGGAAGUUCAAGCUCCAAGAAGGUGUAGGACACUGGAGAAUGCUUAAGCUGCAGACUUGGUUGAGAAACAAGAGCAAAAUGGAGACCAUGGCAGGAUUUGUUGUGGGCGAGGACCAAAAAAUGCCACAACUCAUCGAUCAUAUGGAGCACCUGACAAAGUUGAAAAUAUGGUGUGAGUCCACCUCCGAUGUAAGCGUCAACGUAAAUUGUCUCUCAACAGCCAUCAAGAGGUUCAUUGAGAGAAGCACCAAUCUGAACAAAGCUCAUUCGCUCUCACUGAACUUCAACGCCAGAUGGCCUCAAGACUUGUUGUCUUUCACCCUAGAGAAGGACAAACUCCACUAUCUCAGAUCACUCAAGCUGCAAGGAAACAACAUAUGCAGCCAACUACCUUGGUUUGUUACCAAUCUAUAUCUUGUCACUAAACUGUGCCUGUCAUUCCCUGGUCAUAACUUGGGCGGCCACAUUCUUGAUGCCCUGAGCAAAGUGCGUGGCUUGGAGCACCUGAAGCUGAUUGCAACUCAAAUGGACAAGCUCAUCAUCAGACAAGGUGCAUUCAGAAUCCUGCAAAGCUUAUGCAUCAUGGUGGAAGUCAUGACUGGGCUGGAAAUCGAAGAGGGUGCUGUGCAACACCUUGACUCGCUCCAGCUGCUAUGUAAGGAUCUAAACGGCUUUAGCAGCACGACAAUCCAUUCCCUGCCACUUCUUAAGGAGGUUGCUCUCCAUGAUGAACUGAGUGACCGAGUAAAACAGGACUGGAAAGGAGCAGCAAAGAACCAUCCAGGACGUCCCAAGGUCUUGUUUAAACUGAAGGGAAGUGAGCUUGCUGCAGGAACUAGCACUGCAGCAACGACUACUAAUACUUUGGCUCAAGAGGUUGCUAUUGGAAGCGAACCUGCGGAGAAUUUUGAAAGCCCUGCGGCACCACCUACUGAUAUAACGGUAUCAACACCACCUGGUGACAUUUCUACUGAAGAGUCUGUAGAAAUUGCUACUUCGGAGAUUGGAAGUGAGUCAGCUAUGGAAAUUAGCCAUGCGGCAACAGCUACUGACACGAUGACCCAAGAAGUUGGUGUGGGAAGGGAACCUGCACAGAAUUCUGAGAGUCAUGCGGCACCACCUACUGGUAUGAUGUUAUCAGUGACAAUGCCUCCCAGUGUUGUUUCUAGUGACGAGUCUGUACCAGUUGCUACCUUUGAGAUGGGAAGUGAGUCGGCUCCGGAAAUUAGCCCUGCAGCAACAAUUACUGAUACGAUGACCCAAGAGGUUGCUACAAUAACGCCCCAGGCUAUUUCCAAUGGAGAGUCUGUACAAGUUGCUACUUCCGAGAUGGAAAGUGAGACUGUAGCGGAACUCCCUGUAGCUCCAGGUACCACCGAUGAUACGACGUUAUCGCUGAAUCACAACGCAUUUGCAAGUGCACAACAAGAAUAUCCUGGUAACUACUUAUUUGUUGUUGUCAGUGAUCUUAUUCUUGUUAGUGAAAAUGGCCUCCGCCCCACAAUAUUGCUGGAGAUAUUAGAAAUUUGA